CACGGGCCGCUGUCGCUUCGCUUCCCGCGGCCAUGGCGGCGGCGGCGGCCGCUUGUCCCGGCGGGGCGGGCGCGGGGGAGCAGCGGGGCCGGCGGGAGCAGCCGGAGGGGCGGCGGUCGGUGCCGGGGCCCAGUUUUGAGUAUGAAGACAAGAACAUGGCUUCUCCUAAACUCUACAUCCUGCAGCCUUGGAUUGCCAACCUCUUGGUGAAUUAUGAGCAGCUGGAUGCCAGUGAGAAUCUCCUGGCCGGGCAGGUCCUGCGGAUUUUGAGUGACUCGACCAUUCCCGACCAUCCUGGGGUCCUCCAAGAUGCCGUCCUACAGGUCUCAGAUGGCUCCUACUACAUCCGUGUGGUCAUUACAUCCGAAGCUCUGCGGGCGGAGGAAAACACUCACAUUCAGCUCAGGCUUUCCAGCCUUGUUUGCAGAAUUAUCGUCUUGCAGAAGUACACAGUGUGUUUCCGGGAGGAGGCCAGGCUGGAGGACUGUGAGCUUUACCUCACGGCACACCGGUUCAUCGUGCUGCCCAUGGAGAGGCAGAGGCUGGAAUCAUCUGACGGGAACCAGGAGCCCUCUGUGAUGCAGAAGAUAAAGGAACUCUGGUUGAGGAGUCUCACUCUGAAAAAUGCUCCCAGCUCAGAGCCAUCCAUCUCUCAGCUGAUCGAUGCCAUUGGACAGAACCAGCUGGAGGUUUUGAAGGAAAAGGCUGAGGAAUGCUUGGAUUUACAGGUGCCCAAGGAGACCCCAGCGAUGGGGAAGGAUGAGGUUCCCAUCACUCAGUGGGAGGAAGAGCGCAAAAAAGAGCAGGGCACAGAUGUCUUCAAGGUUCCAGCCAACACCCUGGUGAUCCCUCCUGAGGAGGAGGCGGCAGUUCCUUGCGAUGCUUCCAAUGCAGACACAUGUGAAGCAACUCCCAGGAAGAGUGGUGAUGAAAGGAUGGUCCCAGGUGACUCAAGUGUCGUAUCCCAAGUCAGCCCUGCCGAGUCAACAGCCUUGUCGGAGAGAUCAGCGGGAUCCCAGGACAACCCCUGGAACAGGCUCCCCCCUAUAGCUUUGACCUUGGAAUCUUCAGAGGAGAAGGCCUCUCAACACGACCUUUCCCCAAAGCCCCAGCAAGAUGUGGCUGCUGACAGCAACACCCCUGACUUGCUGGAACCUUGCAGCCAGGACUCUCCCAAGCGUUUGCCACAGGAAGAGCCGGUGCAGACCUCCUCUCCCUCCCUGCUCCACUCCUACCACAACACCAGCCUGGUGGGGACCAGCGCCACCCAGGCAACAUCAGCUGCAGAGCCAGCCUGCACUGUCCCCUGCCCUGCUCCAGCCCCACAGGUAUCAGGGUGCUCUCUGGCCACCCUGCCGUCUCUUUCUCCAAUUUUUCCUGUCUUGCCCAGCAGCCGCUUGCAAUCCCUGCCUGAAGGGACACCUCAUAGGGAGCAGGCAGACUCCAGUGGCACAGAUUUCCCUCCAGAUAUGUUGGAGCGCGAUCCAGCUCGUGCCAAGACCCAGGAAGGAGAUGCUGGGGGCACCAAGAGGAAGCUGGUGUUAGAAAAUGACCAGCAGCAUCCCCAAGGUGCCUCGUGGGGCAGGGGGAGAGACACGGGCAGGAGUGGGGAGUUUGUGAGCACACGGGGUGCAAAGAAGAGCAGAAAGGAACCUGCAAGGGAGCUUUCUGAGAAAGAAGAAGAUGAAGAAGAGCGAGCACCUCCAGUGAGCGGUCCCAGCUCACGGCCAGAGCAGCGCAGAGUUCUGGAGCCGUAUGUGAAGAAGCAGCCGGACCAGUACAAAUAUGAUCCGCCGAGCCCUGAGCUCUGCGAGCAGAUAAGAUCUGUCAGGAUCUCAAAGGCAAUGCUGAAAUGGGCGUGCUGGAUCCUCACAGACGGAGAAGUGGACUCCUGAGCCCAGCCCACACUUCAGUUCUUGGCCGAUUCAGCAAAAACAAUUUAGAGCUGCCUGGGAAGAGGAGUUAGGGGAAGCAGGGGGGAACACCAGGACCCCUGUCCCCAAGGGGACCACUGAAUGGGUUGGCCUGCCUGCAGAGACCCUGGCUCCAGAAAUGUUGGGGAGAUGAUCUGUUGAAGGCCAGCACUCUCAGCAUCUCCCACCUCUCACUCUCCAUCCUUUCCAAAUACCUUGGCCUGGCAAGUGGGGACAAGAGGUGACCUGGUGUCACUGUAGCAGGGGCAGCAGUGAUGACAGAGGCCCCAGAACCUUAACCCCACUCUAAAGGCAGCACAGGAGUUUGGACAUUUUAUUGAUUGGGUUUAGGUAGGGUCCCACGCUGUUUGUUACAAAAAAAUAUCCCGCAGGGUUAUGCUGUAGAAAUUAAAAAUAAAAAUUGUAUAUUUUUUAAAUACA